ACUGCUUUCAUCUCCAGUGACCUCAGUGAAUAGCCUGAUGUUCCAGGGUUUUACCAAACACUUUCCAGAAGCGUGAAGAACAGAACGGAAGAGAAGAUCCGGCUCUUCAGAAAAAGAUCAGAACAGUGGAGCUGAUUAGAUGUUGAGACCUGAAAGCAGUUUCCAGAGAUGAAUUAGCUCUUGGGCGAGUCCAGACUGGGUACUGGCGCUUCAUCAAGUGAAUCCUGGCCUGCCUCCAGGAGCUGGAUAUGGUGUGUUUGGAGUUUGUUAGAGGACAGAAGAGCUGGUGCUGGGAGAGGACACGGGCUCUGUAGGAUAAACUGGAGAGGAACAAUGAGAGGAUGGUCCUGUCACUGGCCGGGGGGGUGUGUGUGUCGCAGACAGGGACGAGGGACAGGACAGGAGGUCAAGGGGAGACAGAUGUUCUGUCCGCUGUUCCUCAAAACACAAAAACAGAGAAACCCGACCCAUAACACACACACUGCCCUCGCCAGCCUUCUCCACAACACACUCCGGUAUUAAUACCCUGCCUGAUCCAGAACUCCUCACUACACCCAAACCUCGUCUGGACCUCUGAAGAUGGUGCACUCUUCACUCGUCCAUCUGUUCCUGGCUCUGGCUGCCCUCCAGACUGUGUCUAACGCUCAGGUUAUAGUUCCAGACCCCUGCACGGCCUACAUCAGCUUAAAUGAGCCUUGGCGGAACAGCGACUACCACGUCAACAACUCGGCGGGCGUGCCCUUAUGUGACCGGCAUGUGGCCGGCGAGUGGUACCGCUUCACCGGGAUGGCUGGUGAUGCCAUGCCCACCUUCUGCAUCGAGGAGAACCACUGCGGCACCCAUGCGCCCAUAUGGCUGAACGGUAGUCACCCUCUGCCCGCAGACGGCGUGGUCACGUUGCCAACGUGUGCCAGCUUUAACGAUGACUGCUGUCACUGGAAAGGCACAGUGGAAGUGAAGGCCUGUACUAAAGGGUACUACGUAUAUCGCCUGCCACGCCCCACCGUCUGCUUCCACGUUUACUGCGGCCAUUUCUACGAUAUCUGUGAUGAGGUGGACUGCACUGGUCCUGGAUGUCCCCCUGAACCCGAAUGUCGCUGCCCCGCUGGGACGGUCCUGGGACCUGACGCUCAGACCUGCCUGGACGUGAACGAGUGUGAGAAAGGGAACGGCGGCUGUGCUGAAGUGUGUGUGAACACUAAGAGCUCCUGGAGGUGUGAGUGCGGCCCGGGAAAAGUUCUGGACCCGGACGACCGGACCUGCAGCGUGAUCGCAGGAUGUCACAGUGUGAACGGAGGCUGCAGUCACGGCUGCUCCGACGAGCAGGACUCGUAUUACUGCCACUGUCCCCGAGGCCUGACGCUCGGCCAGGACCAGCGCACCUGUCAGGUCCCUGUACAGUGUGACCCCGGCUCUAUUGAGGUUUCCGUUCCCCGAGACCUUGUGGGCGGGCUGGAGCUAUUCCUGUCUAACUCCUCGUGCCGGGGGGUCUCUAACGGUACCCACAUCAACCUGCGCUUCAGCCUGAAGACCUGCGGCACCGUGGUGAAGGUGAUAGAUGAUAAAAUAGUUGCCACUAAUCUGGUGACCGGUUUGCCCAGGUCCAGUCCAGGCAGUGCUGGUGAUCUAAUCGUGCGCACCAGUAAGCUGCUGCUGCCGGUCACCUGUGAUUUCCCGGGUCAUUAUGAGGUUUCGGACGGGUUCGUGCCCAGUGCCCGCAGCGGAGCUCUGGAACUGUCGGGUCACAGUCAGGGCGUUUUCCCCUUUGCCCUGGAGCUGUUCCGCAGCGCCGAGUUCUCCGAGCCGUAUCUGCAGCCGCCCCAGCUCCGCCUGCGGGACUCGCUGUACUUCGGCGUGGAGCCGCGGGAGCGCGUGGACGGCCUGAGCGCUCUGGUGGAGAGCUGCUUCGCCACGCCUGGACCCAGAGCUGACCAAGCCCUCAAAUACUACCUCAUUAAAGACGGCUGUAUUUCAGAUGAGACGGUGCGGCAGCUCUCCGCUAAAGACCAGCUCUCCAAACACUACCAGGUUCCCGUGUUCAAGUUCAUCGGCAACGACAACAGAGAGGUAUACCUGCACUGUCGGGUGCUGGUGUGUGGGCAGGGCGAGUCCCGCUGUACGCAGGGCUGUCGGACUCGUCUGAGGAGGGAAAUCUGGACCGAGCAGCACCAAGAGAAACACACACUAACCGGCGGACCCAUCUUCAUACUGCCAGACCCAUGACACACACACACACACACACACCAGCUCUGACCUUUACUCUACAACCACUCACCCAAACCUAAUGAUGCCACAUCCCCAUGUCCAUCACACACACAUUAACUCACACACUCUCCAGCCAAGUCAUCCCUGCUAAUCUAUCACUCACAACACACACACACUUAUAACACACACACACACACACACACACACACACUUAUCACACACCCUGACAUCACACUUACACAUGCUUUAUAGAUGUUAAUAAAGCAGAUCAGUGCAUUAGUCACUAUAUAAUAGUCUCUCGCUUCUGGAGUUUACAGAUGCUCUGCAGCCACAAACACAUUCACUUAUUUCUUUUCUCCAGUAUAAAUAUAUUUUAUAGCACUACACGGCAUAAAUAUACUGCACUGAAACUUACAAUCUGUUUACUUGAUUUAUUUUUUUUGAAUUAUUAUGUAUAAUGAAGGAUUUACAGUAUAUAUAUAUAUAUAUAUAUAUAUAUAUAUAUAUAUAUAUAUAUAUAUAUUCAAGUAGCUAACAUCAAGUAGCACAGCCUUUCUUAUUGAUUACAGAUUUUGAUUAAGUCAGUAAUUAGACUAAUAAUCUGCCAGUUUUCCUGGCAUGCUAUCAUAAUAUUCUUGCAAAAAAAUCUAUUGCAUCAUUUAUACAGUUUCAUAUUUACAGCAGAUUAAUCUGUAAAUCAGCUAAAAGCAGCUGCUGAUCAUACUUUCGGUCAAAAUUGUGCUUUUUUACACUUAAAGCAGAGCUAUGAGGCUAAUCUUACACUUAGGGCCCUAUCUUAUACCCUGCACAAGGAGCGUCACAAUGCUAAUUGCUAGCUUACACCCCACCAACAGUGUAUUUUCAUAUUUUCACUCCAUCCUGUCUGCUGCCUUGUUUAAAUAGCACAAGUGCUUGUGAAUACAUCUACAUUAAUGGGCAUGAUGAUCUGAAAAGGGGGCGUGAUGAUCUGAAAAGGGGGCGUGAUGAUCUGAAAAGGAGGCGUGUGUUUUAGUAAAUUUCUGGCGUAUAGCUAUCUUGGUAACAGAAAUCACAGGUGCCCCACAGGAACACAGCAGUAUAGAGUAGGUUAAAAAGGCUUUUUUUUUUAGCAUUUAAUUUUCAUCUCUGGUAUCGCAGCACUAGCUGCCAGCUAAAGCUUUUAAAACAUCAGCAUAUUUUAUUGGAACAUAAUAAAAACCAAUGACCAUCAACCGUGGUGGAUUCUGGCUGAGAGACCUGCGGUUUGGAAAGAAAAUGAAGAAACAACUCAGCAAAAAAUGAUGCGACAAAUCAUUCUCUGUAAACCCUGUUUAAGGUUUAGCUACUGGAACAAGCCUAAUACAGCGAUUACACAUCACUUACCUCACACUCGGACGAGGUGUUGGGUAACGUCAGAUACAGUUAUGGCUUGAGUGACUUCAUCUAUAAAUAAUUGACUGUAGUAAAAUUCUGGAACAUCUUAUCAGUUUAUCUCUGAUUACCAAGAACAGCGUUCCAGUUCUGCUUUCAUUUAUACAGGUAUAGAUAACCAUUAUAAUGCUACAAUAAUACUACAGUGCUUUAAAUUACAUGUUGACUUGUUAUAUGGUAUGUAUACUAAUAGUUAUGUCGCCCCCUGCAGCCCAGGUGAAAACUGCAUACUGAACUGUAAAAUGUAUAUAUAUCUUUUUUGAUAAUGUCUUUAUUUACCCUAUUUUCAAGCCUAAUAUAAAAUACCCAUUAUUAAACCAACUCAAACAA